CCCCAUCUUUUGCCUCCUCACCUGCACCUGCUCAUCGCCGCCUUACCACUGCUGCAGCAGCAGCAGCAACAGCGGCAGCAGCAGCAGUGGCAGCAGCAGCAGCGGCAGCAGCAGCAGCAGUGGCAGCAGCAGCAGCGGCAGCAGCAGCAACAGCUACAACAGCAGCAGCAGCAGCAGAAGGAGCAGCAGCAGCAGCAGCAGCAGCAGCAGCAGCAGUAUCUACAGACAUCCCCAUCCUCCCCUCCUCUUUGAGCCGCCGCGGGUCCACCCGCCGC